CAGAUAAGUAAAAUAAAAGCUCACUUGUAGUCCAUUGCAGGUUCGGUUUAACAAGUAGUAAAGGGAGAGGGUUCCGCUUUUCUACCUGGGAAACCAAACUCAGGGCAGUAAUUCUCCUGAUCUACAAACGAGCGUGGCUAGCAGAUGUGAGAAUAGUGAGCUAGCUAGGCGUAGCUGUCAUUCAGGGUACAUAUAACUGCUGGAGGAGAGACUGUUAACCUUGGGGAGCGACAUGCUGUGACUGGUCGGUGUCCUCAAGUUGCAGCAACAAUGUUGCUCUCAGCGAGCGCCUUGGUGAGGACCGCUGUCAAGCUGAUGCCACGGACCUGGAGUGGAGGAUGUAUUUGGUGCCUGUGCAGAAACAUUUCUGUGAAACCUGGUGGGUUGAAGCCAAAGACGGUUCCACCUCGUUACCUUGGCCAGCCCAGUCCUUUCACUCAUCCGCACCUCAUCAAACAUGGUGAGGUAACCCCAGGUUUGAGCCAGACAGAAUAUGAGCUCCGCAGACACCGACUGGCCUCGCUUAUCGAGGCUCAGGCUGAAAGACUCGGACCUUCUGCUUCCUCCAGCACCCAUGUGGCCAUCAUUUUGUCUCACCCAACUAGAUACAUGACCAAUGACAUCCCUUAUCCCUUCCAUCAGAACCAGGAUUUCCUCUACCUCAGUGGUUUCCUCGAACCUGACAGUGCCUUGGUUCUUCACGGGAAGGGUCGACCAGCAACUAUUUUGUUCGUCCCUCGCAGAGACCGGAGAGAACUGUGGGACGGACCGCGGUCUGGGAAGGACGGAGCAGCUGCUUUGACCGGCAUAGAGAGAGUUCAUAGCAUAGAAGAACUUGGUGCUGUACUCAAGAGCCUGAAAGGCACUAUGCUGUGGUACGAUACUUCUCAGCCGGCUCACCCUCGGCUCCACCAGGCUCACGUGUGUCCCGUUCUGGAGGCGGGGCCGACACCGCGCACUCUCAGACCUCUCAUACACUCUCUCAGGGCCCUCAAAAUCAGCCAAGUGGCUCUCAUGCAAGAAGCGGGUCGAAUCACGGCACAGGCUUUUAGGAGGACAAUGGCUCUGUCUCAAGGAGAUGUGGAUGAAGCUGUUCUGUUUGCUAAGUUUGAUUUUGAGAAUCGGAUCCAUGGUGCUAAUUUUCUUGCGUACCCUCCUGUGAUUGCUGGAGGAAAUCGAGCUAACACUCUGCACUACAUAAAUAACAACCAAAUAAUCAAGGAUGGUGAAAUGGUGUUGCUGGAUGGUGGUUGCGAAUACUUUGGUUAUGUCAGUGAUAUCACUCGAACGUGGCCAAUAAAUGGAAAAUUCAGUCCUGCACAGACUGAGCUCUAUGAAUCCGUCCUGGAGGUCCAGCGCUCCUGUUUAUCUCUCUGCUCUCCAGGCGUCAGUCUUGAUCACAUCUACAGCACCAUGCUGGCUCUGCUGGGACGACAGCUUAAGCGGCUUGGCAUCCUCGAGGCCAGUACCAGCGACGCUGAGGCGCUAAAGGCUGCAAGGCGGUACUGCCCCCACCAUGUUGGCCAUUACCUGGGCAUGGAUGUCCACGACACUCCUGAACUAUCUCGCUCACAACCUCUUCAGCCAGGAAUGGCCAUCACCAUAGAGCCAGGGCUAUACAUCUGUGAAGACAACGACCAAGUGCCGAAGCACUUCCGAGGCCUGGGUGUCCGGAUUGAGGAUGACGUGGUGAUCAGAGAGAAGGGAGGACCUCUGAUUCUGUCCUCUGACGCACCAAAGACCAUCGCUGAUGUAGAGCGGGCCUGUGCACAGAGAUAGGGCAGAGAGAGAAAGAGAACUGACCGAGUGCUACUCACUGCUAUCUGUUUAUAUCAUGAGACUCAGGGCCGUGGUGCAUUACAGGUGGGAGCACACUAUAAGGCUUUAGUUUUCAAGUCACAACAACCUGUUACCCUCGCUACUCUGUCUAUGAAAUACUGGCUGCAUUAGAACAACUCAGCUCCAAGACAUAAAACCAAACAGCCAAACAUUAAGUUACAAUUCUUUGAAGAUAUUAUUUACAAAAAAAAGGCAGAUUAGAUUCUUCCAUCAGUGAGCCAAAUCUGACACUAAAGUCUAAAUCAACAUCUACAAACAACAGCUAACAUUCUGCUUUACUUAAAAAUUAGAUCCAGCUACCAUGAAAGUAUUUUACAUCAUAAAACCUGUUUGAUUCUCAUCAUGUUUUCUG